AUGAUGCAUAACUAUACCAAUUUGCUUAUUUCAGGUGCUGCUAUAUUUAAAGAAGAUAUUCAGUUAUAUGAUUCUGAAGACGAUUUUGAAGAUGAUAUUGAAGAUAAUCUUGAAGACAAUUUUAUUACAAAUAAUUUAUCUAAAGUCGAUUCCAAUAAAGUUAUUGAUCAUGGUGAAAAUGAUUUUGAUAUUGACGAACUUGUCAAUCAAGAAAUACAGAUACAAAAUGCAUUAAUAGAUAAAGAAAACUAA